AUGAGCAAAUUCUGUUUUGAGGCAUUGGACAAGACAUUGAAGGAUUUGAUGAGAUUCAAAGAUGAUCAUAACCAGCACUUGCCGUUUGGAGGUAAAACAAUUGCUUUUGGUGGGGAUUUUCGACAAAUUUUGCCUGUCAUCCCAAAAGGAACAAGACAAGACAUUGUUAAUGCGUCUUUAAACUCUUCAUACCUCUGGCAACAUUGUGAAGUAUUAAAGCUCACGGUAAACAUGCGAUUUCAAUCUAUGACCACAGAUGAUCAGGUAGAAGAUUUAAAGCAAUUUGCUGAAUGGAUACUUCAAGUUGGCAACGAAAUAUCUGACAGAUCAUGUGAUGGCUGCAAUAGCAUUAACAUACCUCCUAAAUUCCUUAUCACUAACUAUAGUGAUCCUAUUAAGGCAAUUGUGGAGGCAAUCUAUUCUGAUUAUAUUGCUGACAUGUGUAAUGAAAGCAACUUGACAGGUCGCACUAUCUUAGCUCCUACGGUUAAUGCUAUAGAUGAGGUAAAUGAUUACAUGACUACAAUGAACAGCAAUGAAUGCAAGACAUAUGUUAGUUCCAACAAAUGUCUGUCCGAGGGAGGUAGCAAUCAAAUUCAAGCUAUGCACACACCAGAGUUUUUAGCAACAAUUAAGUGCUUGGGGGUUCCAAAUCACGAAUUGAAGCUUAAGGUUGGUUGCCAUGUGAUGCUUAUUAGAAAUAUUGAUCACUCAUAA